CAGCAUCUCUUUGAAGUUGUUUCAUAAGAAUUUAGCUCAACCAAAAUUUGAAUUUUUUUCUUUCAUCUCUCUUCUCAAGACAUAUAUAGCACAAGAAAAUGAAGAUAUCAUCAAUUGGAUGCGUCGUUUUCCUUAUCUUCAUCUCUAUUACAAUUGUUUGGAGUUCACCAGAUAAUGGUGAAGUUGAGGACGAAACGCAGUUUAACUACGAGAAGAAAGGAGAGAAGGGGCCAGAGAAUUGGGGAAGACUAAAGCCAGAGUGGGCAAUGUGUGGAAAAGGCAACAUGCAGUCUCCGAUUGAUCUGACGGACAAAAGAGUCUUGAUUGAUCAUAAUCUUGGAUACCUUCGUAGCCAGUAUUUACCUUCAAAUGCCACCAUUAAGAACAGAGGCCAUGAUAUCAUGAUGAAAUUUGAAGGAGGAAAUGCAGGUUUAGGUAUCACUAUUAAUGGUACUGAAUAUAAACUUCAACAGAUUCAUUGGCACUCCCCUUCCGAACACACACUCAAUGGCAAAAGGUUUGUUCUUGAGGAACACAUGGUUCAUCAGAGCAAAGAUGGACGCAAUGCUGUUGUCGCUUUCUUUUACAAAUUGGGAAAACCUGACUAUUUUCUCCUUACGUUGGAAAGAUACUUGAAGAAGAUAACUGAUACACAUGAAUCCGAGGAAUACGUCGGGAUGAUUCAUCCUAGAACAUUCGAUUUUGAAUCAAAACACUAUUAUAGAUAUAUCGGAUCACUUACAACUCCACCUUGUUCUGAAAAUGUUAUUUGGACGAUUUCCAAAGAGAUGAGGACUGUGACAUUAAAACAAUUGAUCAUGCUUCGCGUGACUGUACACGAUAUGAGGUCCUCCGCUGGUAAUUUGAAGCAAAAGUCGCCGGUUGGCAGAUCCAGGCCAUCGGUUUCGUUUGAAGACGACGACGACCCUUUCGUCUCCGCCAAAUCAACACCGUCCCACUCUAAUCCUCCAAGCCGUCCGGUUAUCCCUGAACCGGACAGGGAAAAGCUUCCCAAAAGGCUUUACGCCACUGAUUGCUACCCGCCUAUAGGUCGUAUCAAUGCUUACUCUAAGCCGGAGUAUCUUCUCGAUCUUGUCGAGAUCUUAGAAGGUACUAAAGAGUUAAAUUAUCUCCGCGCUUCAUGCUUUGGUCCUCUGUUUCAGCUUCCUGUCCGCCGAUGUUCUUUUUCCGGCAAAUUAGUGCAUCAGAUGUUGUGUAGAGGCCUCUACACAAAGAAAAAACACGAGCUUUGGUUUGUUUUCGCCGGUCAGCCGUUCCGAUUUUCUUUAAGAGAGUAUGCUAUUCUGACUGGGCUUGAUUGUCGGCCGUACUCAAAAAGAUCCGAUAUAUUGAAGUCGCAGCAAAUCAUCGUACCAAAAAAUCCUUAUUGGAAUGUUCUCAUUGGUGAGGAACACAAGGUUGUCCUCAUUAAGGACAUCGUUGAAUGGUUGAGGGCAGACAAGAUGAAGCCCAAAAAAGACAAGAUGGACGACUGGCGAAGGCUUCGUCUCGCGCUUAUCGUCAUCGUCGAAGGGAUACUGGUCUGCAGUUCCCAACCUGUCAAAGCUUCGGUACAAGUUGUUGAAAUGGUUUCCGAUUUGCAGCGUUUUGAAGCGUUUCCCUGGGGACGUGAGUCAUUCCUUCUCACAAUGCGAAUGGUUAAGGUCAGUUCGAAGGUUAGCAGUCUCGCAGGCCUAAUUGUGAAGUUCAACCAGUCUCAUUCUUCAACCCACGGGUUCCCUCUUGUCUUCCAACUGCUUAUGCUCAAGGCCAUCCCCGAGUUUGAAAAAUAUCUUCCUAAUCCUGAUGAUACGCAGACCAUGGGUGAUGGGUCUAUCACCACUUUGCCUCCGUUGAAGACUUUUCACAACUCCAACAUAAUGGAGACAGAGCUGAUUGAGGGGUUGGAUAUUGCCCCCCUGUUGCCUUGUGACGAUCCGCCUCACCCAUCGAUCAACGAUUGGGGCGAUGAAGUCUCUGACCCGGCUCUUGACUAUAUGGAAAGUCUUAUCGGUCGCGGAUACAAGUUCAAACGAGGGGACUGGAGAGGUGGGUGGCGUUCCUGGCCGCCGAUAGUCGUUGAUCAGAACCUCAAAGAAGACAAUGUUCGCAAGCCUAAGAAGGUGUCUUUUAGGCGUCCAAACAAAAACUUUGAAAUCCCUGAGACAUCCCAGGGUGGUCCAUCAAAGGGUAAGGGGAAGGUUACUGAAGACGAAGAUAUCUGUCCACCAAAGGGUCCUGAGGGACAGGAUAUUCUAUAUGCUCUGAUCAUGGAACAUGUUAAUGCGAAAUUUCGUGAAUUGAAGGAUGAAUUGAUUGUUGAGCUUUGCCGGAGGGUAGGUGUUGAGAAGUCUUUGAUGAGAGACGAACUCUUAGACGAGAUCAUUAGCAAUCUGCGCCAUGGGGGUAAGUUUCCAACACCUUCUAGCGGUGACGAUAUUGUCCCCCCCCCCAAGAAAUCUUUCUCACCAGGUAAGGACAAGGACACUGGUGGACAUACGUCUGUCCCCUCAACAGAAGCUGGUGGACACACUUCUGUCCCCUCAACUGAAGCUUCCUCACCAGGUACAAGCAAGGGCACAAUUGGACAGACAUCUGAUUCAACCCAUGUCCAGAUAGAUCCUCCUGCGCCCCCUGGUCCUCAAACCCCGUCUUUUGGUUUGGAUCAGUCGAAGGGGAAAAGCAACACUCAAAUUUUGGAGGAAUUUCAGAAGCAAGCCUGGUCUGAAUACGGCGGAUUGUCUGAUGUUUUACAAAACAUUAGCCAGUCUUAUGCAUCUCCCUCUGGUCCUACUGCUGGUCUAUUUGCGUCUGGUCCUUCUGUUUAUGUUCCUUCUGGGACUGGUCCUUCUGCUUUUGGUCCUUCUGACACUGUUGUUUCUGCUUCUACUGAUGCUUCUACUUCUAGUCCCUCUACGGCUGGGGUGUCUACACCGAAGUUCUCUGGUGAUCACAAUCCCAAAGACUUCCAAACGCCAUUGCCUACUAUACACGAGGACAACGCAGACGAAAUGGAGGACGAGAUGGUUGUAGAUGAGGUCCUCGAUGCGAAGGCUGCUAAAGAGAAAUUUUCUCAUGAUCACAACCCCAACGACUUCCAAACGCCUCAUCAAGAUAUAGAGGAUGAUGAAACUGAAGAAUCUGAGGAUGGCGAAAAUACGGACCAGGUCCCUGUUGAGAAAUCCGUUGGUGGCUCUGUAAACGUCGAUGUUGUUGUUGAUUGUGAGGAGAGAAAAGAAGAUGUAAUUGGAAAGUCUGUUGGUGUGUCUGAGACUGCUGGUGAGGAUGUUCUUCGAGAGGACAAGUCUCGUUCGGGGGACGAUAGUAGUGAUGGGAGUCAUGGGGUAUCUGAUCCCGAGGAUGUUCAAGAUGACGAAGAUGUAGUACAGGCGGAGGUAUAAUUAUUUCCGAAAACUAAACCUCAUUUGAUUAU